GACCAGCUUAGCCAACAUAAUGAAACUCGUCUCUACUAAAAAUACAAAAAAAAUAAAAAAAAAAAAGUUGGUGUCCGAACCAGGGGCCGUAUUGGCCUUUCUUAUACUCUAGAGCAUACGAAGACAAAGGAGAUUUUGAUGAAGUUCAAAUUGGAGUCAGAGUGCUCAUCGGAAAGAAAGCGCAGCAAACACGUUUAGGAACAGAAAUGGAUUAUGUUGAAGACAAAUUAUCCAUUGUGUUUGUGUUCAGUAACCCAAGCAUCAAAGGAACUUGUGGCUGGGGAGAAAGCUUGACUAUUUGCAAUCUCAGGAUUCCUCUGGCCGGAGCUCCCGGACUCCUGUGGAAGCCUGGGGGCUCGCUGAAGAAGUCACAUGACUGGAACCUGCUUAGUGCUCUGCUGUCUGUGAAGAUAGUGAUCCGGGGAGACAGGAACACGGGCAAGACAGCACUGUGGCACCGCCUGCAGGGCCGGCCGUUCGUGGAGGAGUACAUCCCCACGCAGGAGAUCCAGGUCACCAGCAUCCACUGGAGCUACAAGACCACGGAUGACAUCGUGAAGGUUGAAGUCUGGGAUGUGGUGGACAAAGGAAAAUGCAAAAAGCGAGGCGACGGCUUAAAGAUGGAGAACGACCCCCAGGAGGCGGAGUCCGACAUGGCCCUGGAUGCCGAGUUCCUGGACGUGUACAAGAGCUGCAACGGCGUGGUCAUGAUGUUUGACAUCACCAAGCAGUGGACCUUCAAUUAUAUUCUCCGGGAGCUUCCGAAAGUGCCCACCCAUGUGCCAGUGUGCGUGCUGGGGAACUACCGGGACAUGGGCGAGCACCGAGUCAUCCUGCCGGACGACGUGCGUGACUUCAUCGACAACCUGGACAGCAGACCUCCAGGUUCCUCCUACUUCCGCUACGCUGAGUCUUCCAUGAAGAACAGCUUUGGCCUAAAGUACCUUCAUAAGUUCUUCAAUAUCCCAUUUUUGCAGCUUCAGAGGGAGACGCUGCUGCGGCAGCUGGAGACAAACCAGCUGGACAUGGACGCCACACUGGAGGAGCUGUCGGUGCAGCAGGAGACGGAGGACCAGAACUACGGCAUCUUCCUGGAGAUGAUGGAGGCUCGCAGCCGCGGUCAUGCGUCCCCACUGGUGGCCAACGGGCAGAGCCCAUCCUCGGGCUCCCAGUCACCGGUGGUGCCUCCAGGCGCUGUGUCCACGGGGAGCUCCAGCCCCGGCACACCCCAGCCCGCCCCACAGCUGCCACUCAAUGCCGCCCCACCAUCCUCUGUGCCCCCUGCACCACCCUCAGAGGCCCUGCCCCCACCUGCGUGCCCCUCAGCCCCCGCCCCGCGGCGCAGCAUCAUCUCGAGGCUGUUUGGGACGUCACCUGCCGCCGAGGCAGCCCCUCCACCUCCAGAGCCAGUCCUGGCCGCGGAGGCCCCAGCAGCAGUGCAGAGCGUGGAGGACUUCGUUCCCGACGACCGCCUGGACCGCAGCUUCCUGGAAGAUGCAACCCCCGCCAGGGACGAGAAGAAGGUGGGGGCCAAGGCUGCCCAGCAGGACAGCGACAGUGAUGCGGAGGCCCUGGGCAGCAACCCGAUGGUGGCAGGGUUCCAGGACGAUGUGGACCUCGAAGACCAGCCACGUGGGAGUUCCCCACCACCCGCUGGUCCCGUCCCCAGUCAGAACAUCACUCUUUCAAGUGAGGAGGAAGCAGAAGUGGGGGAUCCCCCAAAAGGCCCUGCCCCGGCUCCCCAGCAGUGCGCAGAGCCAGAGACCAAGUGGUCCUCCACACCAGCUUCAAAGCCACGGAGGGGGACAGCUCCCACGAGGGCCGCAGCACCGCCCCGGCCAGGCGGUGCCUCUGUUCGCACAGGUCCGGAAAAGCACAGCAGCACCAGGCCCCCUGCUGAGAUCGAGCCGGGGAAGGGUGAGCAGGCGUCCUCAUCCGAGAGUGACCCCGAGGGGCCCAUCGCUGCCCAGAUGCUGUCCUUUGUCAUGGAUGACCCCGACUUUGAGAGCGAGGCGUCAGACACACAGCGCAGGGUGGGUGAGUUUCCCGUGCGAGAUGACCCCUCCGAUGUGACUGACGAGGACGAGGCCCUUGCUCAGCCGCCCCCGCCCCCCAAGCUCCCUCUCCCCACCUUCAGACUGAAGAACGACUCGGACCUCUUCGGGCUGGGGCUGGAGGAGGCUGGGCCCAAGGAGAGCAGCGAGGAAGGUAAGGAGGGCAAAACCUCCUCUAAGGAGAAGAAGAAGAAGAAGAAAGGCAAAGAGCAGGAAGAAAAGGCUGCCAAGAAGAAGAGCAAACAUAAGAAGAGCAAGGACAAGGAGGAGGGCAAGGAGGAGCGGCGGCGGCGGCAGCAGCGGCCCCCACGCAGCAGGGAGAGGACGGCUGCUGAUGAGCUGGAGGCUUUCCUGGGGGGCGGGGCCCCGGGCGGCCGCCACCCUGGGGGUGGCGACUAUGAGGAGCUCUAGGCCAUCCGGGGCAGUGGCCGCCCUGGGGUGGGGGGCGUGCCUGUCACUGCCUGGGGAGGCAUUUGCCUCUGCACCAUCGCCUUUGCCGCUGCCCGGUGGCUGCCGUGUGCACUUCUGAGCUGGAAGAGGCCGGGCGUUGGUGUCCCCGGACUGGGCCUCCAGACCCGGUGUGAGCCUGCUCUGCAAGGAGGGAGGGGACAGCUGGCUUUGGCCAGGCUCGGUGGACACCCUGGCCCUCUCGGGGCAGAGCCGCCAGUCCCCAGUGUUUCUCAGGGAUGUGACUGAGGCCCGGGGCAUGAGGGUCUGUUUACAGAGGCUGGGCAGGGGCCGCUUGGCUGCGGGGUGCACUCUGCCCCGGCACCUGCUUGCCCUCCACGCUCACCCAGGGCCGCAGCAUGCCUAUGGCUCCGCUUCCGGCUGGGAGCCCUGAACACGGGUGUGCAGACCCACCCUAAAGGGCAGCCCAGGCCCCACGCUAGGCACGGCUGGCGAGAGACCGAAGGCAGCAUGCAGGGCCUCUCCUGGGGAUGGGGGCUGUUUCCCACAGCGGCCUCAGCUGCGCCCCCGCUCAGGUGAGCCCACAGGCGGGAGCUGGGAGGCAUGCCUCCCAAACACUCCACUCAGACCAUAAAGCACUCCUGUUUCACUCUG